AUUCGUCCCAGUUUUGUUUUGUAGAAAGUUCAUGCGUGCUGCGAGAUUUUUUGAUUUUGUAAAUUUUCACUGCUGCCGCACCCAAGAGAAUGAAAAACCUAUCAACAAAGCUUACGGCGUGCUUUCUGGCUAGCACCUGUAAGAAGGACUUUCCUGUUUUGUAUAGUCAAAGGAAGACGCAGCUGAAGCUUUGUUGUCCAAGACUUUGUGCAAAGACUGGACUGUUUGGAUGCAGGCAUUUCUCCUUGCUGCCAGGGAAAGCAAUCAAACUGGCUAUAGACGAAAGAUACCCAACUUAUUUAUAUUUCGUAAAAGAACUGUACCAUCGUACAAACAUGAGUCUAAAACUAAGAAACUUUGAAGCACAGAUAAAUAUCUCACAGAGAAGAGACGGUAAAAGAAACUCUGGCAGGCUGUUUGUACUCAGCGACCAAAUCUAUGAGUUUGUGAAGGAAGUUAUACGGAAAGAAAAUUUUGUAUUCGAAGAAAAGGGUACUUUGAAAGAGUUGAGAGGAACUCAAGUCUCUCAGAGUAUCUCUAGUGUCAAAGAAUCAGUGUGGAAGCUAGAACAACUCUUCACUCUCGGUCGUUUACAAGAGCUAUCACGAGAAGAUGCGCAAUUUUUAUUGAGGGAAGCUGCUAGUCGAGGAGAUACAAAUACUGUACUUUGUAUCAUUUCGAAGCUCGAGGAGUUGCCUACCAAACCAGAUUACCCAGAAUACAACUUUCUGAUUGUUUCUCUUCUUGUUGAAAGAGAUCUAGAAGGUAUUCGAAGAGUUUUUCGGGAUUGGAUUUCUUCGAACAAGUGCAAUUUAGACGGAAAUAGAGUGCAUAGCUUAAUAGAUUCUUGUUUUCGUCUAGUGAAUGACUGUGCUGUGCCUGACAUAUUGCAGGUUGUGGAAGAUAUCUAUGCAGUUGGCGGAAGAGCGACAACACAAACCUGGAACCGCAUUAUUGGAGUAGUUGGUAAACGUGAUUUGGAACAAGUUCUAAGUGUUUAUCGGAAAAUGCUGAGUCUAGACCGAAGAGCGUUGAGUCAGACAACAUUCAAUCUGCUUAUUAGUAUUUUCAAGUAUUCCCAAAGUUGGAACAAAUCGGCCGCAUGGGUUGGCGCAAUGUUCUACAACGGAUUGAAACCAGACGCAUACACAUGUAAUAAUCUUUUAGAUGUUUGUUUAUAUGUUAGAGAAUAUUUUCGCGCAAAAUCUAUUAUUGCAUUUAUGAAACGUCAUCAGAUAGCUCCUGAUAUCUGUACCUACACUCAGUUGUUGAGGCUUAGUGGUCGCACCCGCUUAUUUGAUGACGUUGGUGUAAAUACGACGUAUACAGAAAUAAGCAGUAGUAAAGCAAUUCGUCACAUAUGGAAGUUGGUUCAUAGCAAGUUAAAUCCAGACUUGACUUUUUACAACGCAUUGAUCGACGCUUUUGUUCGGAUGGGUGAUAUUCAUAGUGCUCAGGAAGCAUUUGAUAGCUUAGCAUCCCAUUCUUUGGAACCUGACGUGAUCAGUUACAAUUCGUUGAUGCAUGGUUACGCUCGUAAUGGUGAUCUAUCCAGUUGCCUGACUUUAAUGCAAAAGAUGCGGGAGGCUGGGGUUCGAAUGGAUGAAAGGACUUAUUGUAUAGGAAUUGUGGCGUGCAAAAAUGCUGGAGAUCCAGACCAUGCUAUGAAAAUAUACUUUGACGCGUAUGAAAAUGGACGAGCACAAGGUGAAGUAUUACAUCACGCUGUGUAUACGGCUUGUGGCCCAAAGUUUGAAAAUGCCAGGCGCAUUUGGAAGGCAAUGACUGCAGUUUAUCAACCUGGUUUUGCAAGCUACAAAGGUUUCCUAGGUUGCUGUGGCGCUGCAGGACGUAUUGAUAUUGCUCUGGAUACUGUGCGAGAAAUGAAGCAAAGAGGAAUCAUGCCAACAAGAGAAUUAUUUGUGGCCUUUCUAAAUGCUUCGAAAAGAUAUAAGAAACUCUAUAAGGGAAUUGAAUCUCGGUAUUAUAACAUGUUGAGACAAGAAUGUGGUAUUAUUCUUUUAUAAAAUGGCAAUAUUGUUUGGAAGAAAUCGUUAUUCAAUGAC